GCUCUAGGAUGCCAGGGCCAGCCGGACUCGGGUUGCCCACCUGAUCCUUGUUGCCCAUGUCCUGCCAGCACAUCAUGUUGCGCUCCUGGCGCAUGAAGCUGAAGUUGCUGCUCGCCACAGUGACCCUGGCCAUUCUCCUCUCCUGGCUCUACCUCUUUGUGGGCAGCCUCGAAUAUGGCCGCUUCCUCCUGCUGCCGCCGUGUCUGGGCGAGCAGGCGAGCCGGGAUGUGGAGCGGGAGGCGCUGGCCUCACGGGUGCGCAGGGUGGAGCAGGAGAACCAGCAGCUCCGGCUGCAGCUGGGCCAGGCUCAGGCGGAGGGCAGUGAUGGCAGCCCGCAGUGGGGGGCUUCAGCCGAGGACAGAGACCCCCCUGGGGGCAACAGGAGCAACCACACGGCCUGCCCCAAGCAGCGGACAGUGCACAAGUGUGAGCUCCUUCACGUCGCGAUUGUGUGUGCUGGGCACAAUGCGAGCCGGGACGUGGUGACCCUGGUGAAAUCCAUCCUCUUCCACAGGAAAAACCCCCUCCACUUUCACUUCAUCACGGAUUCAGUGGCCCACCAGAUCCUCCAGACGCUCUUCCAGUCCUGGAUGGUGCCUUCUGUCCACGUCAGCUUCUACAAUGCCGAUGACUUGAAGCCAGAGGUGUCGUGGAUCCCCAACAAGCACUACUCUGGCAUCUAUGGGCUGAUGAAGCUGACUCUUACCAAGGCACUACCCUCCAACCUCUCCAAGGUCAUUGUCUUGGACACGGACAUCACCUUUGCCACCGACAUUGCUGAGCUCUGGGCUGUCUUCGGAAAGUUUUCUGAAAAGCAGGUGAUUGGGCUGGUGGAGAAUCAAAGUGACUGGUACUUAGGCAACCUGUGGAAAAACCACAAACCGUGGCCAGCCCUGGGACGUGGCUUCAACACGGGGGUGAUCCUGCUCCUGCUGGACCGCCUGCGUCGCCUGGGCUGGGAGCAGAUGUGGCGGCUGACAGCGGAGCGGGAGCUCAUGAGCAUGCUCUCCACCUCGCUGGCUGAUCAGGAUAUCUUCAAUGCUGUGAUCAAGCAGGACCCAUCCCUGGUGUACCGGCUUCCCUGCUUCUGGAAUGUGCAGCUCUCUGACCACACCCGCUCAGAGCAGUGCUACACUGAGCUCUCAGAUCUCAAGGUGAUCCACUGGAACUCGCCCAAGAAGCUGCGGGUGAAGAACAAGCAUGUGGAGUUCUUCCGUAACCUCUACCUGACCUUCUUGGAGUAUGAUGGGAACCUGCUGCGCAGGGAGCUUUUUGGCUGUGCCAGUCUUCCCAGCCCACCCAGGGACCAGUUGCAGCAGGCACUGGAAGAGUUGGAUGAGGACGAUCCCUGCUAUGACUUCCGCCAGCAGCACCUCAUGCAGCACCGCAUCCACCUGUUCUUCCUGCAGUACGAGUUCCUGGCCCUGCCCAACCCCACCGAUGUCACCCUCGUGGCCCAGCUCUCCAUGGACAGGUUACAGAUGCUGGAGGCCAUCUGCAAGCACUGGGCAGGCCCCAUCAGCCUGGCGCUGUACAUGUCGGACGCCGAGGCGCAGCAGUUCCUGCGCUACGCCCAGGCCUCGGAGGUGCUGAGCGCCCGCCGCAACGUCGCCUACCACAUUGUCUACAAGGAGGGGCAGUUCUACCCCAUCAACCUCCUGCGCAACGUGGCCUUGGCCAACACGCAGACACCGUACGUCUUCCUGACGGACAUCGACUUCCUGCCUAUGUAUGGCCUCUACGAUUACCUCAGGAACUCCAUCCAACAGCUGGAGCUGCCCCAGAGGAAGGCAGCUCUCAUUGUGCCAGCUUUUGAGACCCUGCACUACCGUCUGACCUUUCCCAAAUCCAAAGCAGAGCUGCUCUCCAUGCUGGACAUGGGCUCCCUCUACACCUUCAGGUACCACGUGUGGCCAAAGGGCCACGCCCCAACGGACUAUGCCAAAUGGCGGACGGCCACCGUGCCCUACCGCGUGGCUUGGCAGCCAGACUUUGAGCCUUACGUUGUAGUGAGGCGAGACUGCCCCAGGUAUGACCAGAGGUUCGUGGGCUUCGGCUGGAACAAAGUCUCCCACAUCAUGGAGCUGGAUGCGCAGGAGUAUGAGCUGCUGGUCCUGCCCAAUGCCUUCAUGAUCCACAUGCCCCAUGCCCCCAGCUUCGACAUCUCCAAGUUUCGCCUGAGUGCCGGGUACCGGGGCUGCCUCCAGACACUGCGGGAGGAGUUCCACCAGGACCUGUCACGGCGAUACGGGGCUGCUGCACUCAAAUACCUCACUGCUGAGAGAAGCCUGUGAUGCCUGGGGACAGGGGAUGUGGGGUACAAGCAGCACACUGGAGAAGGGAGGGUGCAAGGCCUCCCUCCUGCCCCUUGCCCACCGCCGCAGCCCAGCCCGAGGGAACGGAGUUGGCAGCACAGCCUCUCCAGCCCCCACCAAAGGGAUGCCUGUAGAUAAGAUGGAAGACAUCAGCUGCAAGAACAGCCAGUGCCUGCAGGUCAAGCUGCUGCAGCCUUCCUGUGUUACAGGGGAACCUCCCCAUGCCUGGGGCCAGGGGUGGGGUCUCCUCCCUUCCUUCUUUUAGCUGAUAUUAGCUUACCUCACCUUGAGGCCUGGCUUCUCCAGAGAUCUGGGAGCUGUACCUUACCCUGUUCUGCCUCUGCUCAAUGGUCCCAGGUCUUAGUCCUCCACACACCCCUCCGGGGUUUUGGUGAGUUGGAGAUGAGGUUGUAGAGCAACCCUUUACAUUCUUUGUGGAGCAGGCUCAGAGGAAACCUCCCAGCACCCUGGGAGGAGCAGCCAGGGAGUACUGUGAGUAGCUGGAGCCUUGGUUCAAACCCAGAUCAAGACUGACUGGUUAAUGGGGGGAAAUAUUAUUCCUUAUCUGUAUGGAUAUAGUCUCCAGUGGAGCUGGCCCCAUACAGGUGGUGUGGGAGUCAUCCAGUGCAGGAUGAGCUCCCAGAACAGGAUGGGCUGUCCCCUGUCCCCAGCAGUAAGCUCCCAGGAUGGACCUGCACCUUCCAACUGGCAGCAGCCAUGCUGGUGACAGACCCUGUCCUGUGCUGGUAUUGCCCCACAGGACAGGGCUGCCAACCCCCCCACCGUGGGCAGAACAGCAGCUUCAUGGGCCAGCAUAGGCUGGGAGAAGUUCCCCGUGGGGACCACCCUGCUGCUCCCCAGCUCUCGGCAGCACAGUUGUUGCCAUCAACAAUCAGGGACAUGGCUGACACUGGACAAGACCGUAGCUGAUCACUAUGGCAGGAACCCCAUGCUGGGAGUAGCUUGACUGGACACUGUUCUACCGCUAUCACACACUGGAGCACAGAGGAUGCAUUGCUUUCCUCACACUAUUUAAAUUAUUUAAUACUUUUCUCAUAAGAAGUCAGUAA